CGCGAGAAUGCCGUCUGCUCGUCGCUCAAUCCAGUGGCGCAAUGGCAGAGACGCCGACGCGACAGAGACUGCAGCAUUUGGGAUUUGCUCAGUUGUAUACCACUGCCAGAUUCAUUGUCAAGGCAAUUGAGCACUUGUAGGUUCCGGAAGAAUGAGCUCAAGUCCACAUGAAGUCGAUAGAGCUAAGUAGCCUCAAGGACAACGGGGGACUUGGAGGAAGAUAGGAGGGCAUGGGUGCGUCGCCGAAGAAGUGCAUGUUUUCCUUCACAAGGAGGUUUGGUCGAUUGACAGCUUAUUCUUUAUCCGUUGUUUCAAAUUGUCGAACUAAUCUAAUGCUGAAACAGCAUUGAAUAUCCUGGGUUCGUGGAGAAAGGGGCGGUGUACUCUUGCUGAAUCCACAGAGCCAAUUAGGAAUGACACUCGCGGACAUGCAGACGGAAGGGGCUGAGGCUGGGGAAGAACCAACGGUGGCAGGGUCUAAAGUCGUUGCCAGCGAUAGCCGGCAGCCCCAAAUCCAUGUUUCGGUGCUUCCCCCUGCAAGAAAUGAAAAGGGGUCGGAGCUGCGCGAGAGGGUGGCAGCCAGCCAGUAUGACACGGAUGCCUGGGCAGAGCUGGCCCAGGAAGCGCAGGGGCGCCCUAUUUCCGAAGCUUCUGCAAUCUACGAACAACUCCUCUCGGUCUUCCCAACUUCAGCCCCGUACUGGCGGCUGUAUGCGGAGGCGCACAUGGACGUGGGCGACGACGAGGCGGUGAAGGCGGUGUUCAGCCGCUGCCUGCCGCUGCUGCGCGACCUGGACCUCUGGCGCUCUUACCUGCGCUACAUCACGCUCACCAACGAGGACCGGGGGGGGCCCGGCAUUGAGGACAUCCGCAAGGCCUAUGACUUCUCCCUCCAGCAUAUCGGGCAGGACGUGUCAGCUGCACCCUUGUGGCAGCAGUACAUCGCGUUUGUGAAGAAGACGGCGGGGGCGCUGCCUUCGGACGAGACACGUACUGCGGGGCUGCUGCGUCCGGUCUACCAGGCAGCGGUUGUCAUUCCCAUGCACGGGGUGGAGGGGCUCUGGCGUGAUUACGAGGCGUUUGAGAACGAGACCAACAAACAAAGCGCCAAGGUCACGCUGGCCGAGUUCCAGCCACGGCACGCCGCUGCCAAGGCCGCCCUGCGCGAGCGAAAGCCGCUGACGGACGGCCUAGCCCGCCCCGCCCUGGCCGUGCCCCCGCGAGGCAUGCCUCGGGAAGCCCAGCAGCUGGCGGCCUGGAAGCAGCUGCUCGCGUUUGAAAGGGCCAAUCCGCAACGGCUGAACCCAACGACCUUGGCAAAGCGGGUGACUUUUGCCCACGAACAGUGCCUGCUCUACUUGUACCACUACGCGGACCCCUGGUUCGAGUACGCAGCGUGGACCGCGGAGCACGACUCCCCCGAGGCGGCCGCUCGCGUGUACGAGCGCGCGCUGCGGGCCCUGCCUGCCAGCGUGCCCCUGCACUACGCAUUUGCUGAGCUGGAGGAGCUGCGCGGCAACGGCCCCGCCGCCAAGGCACUCUACCGCUCCCUCCUAGACAAGGAGGAGACCGCCUCUGCGCUCGGGCACAUCCAGCUGAUGCGGUUCGUGCAGCGGACGGAGGGCAUGGCCGCCGCGCGCAAGGUGUUUCUGACGGCCACCAAGUCGCCAGCGUGCACCCACCACGUCUUCGUCGCCUCCGCCAAGCUGGAGCUGGCCGCCAACAAGGACCCCAAAACCGCCAGGAACAUCUUCGAGUACGGCCUCAAGAAGUACCUCCACGAACCGGAAUACGUCCUGCAGUACAUCGACUUCCUGCAGCAUCAGAACGACGAUACCAACGUCCGGGUGCUCUUUGAAAGGGCACUUAAUGCCAUAGCACCUGCAGCAUCCGCCAAGGUGUGGGCCCGCUUCGUGCAGUUCGAGGCCACGUACGGCGACUUGAGCAGCCUGCUCAAGGUAGAAAAGCGGCGCCGCGAGGCCGCUGUGGCCGCGGGUGAGCGCGCGGAGGACGGCCUGGAGGCGCUGGUCCGCCGGUACCGCUUCAUGGACCUCUGGCCCGCCGCGCCGCACGAGCUCGCGCUCAUGCACCCGCACCAGGCAGCAAAAUCAGAUUCUCCUCUCCCGGCCAGCAGUAGUGGCCGGUUCGAAAACGGAGGGAGCGUUGGGCCUCCACUGCCACACUCGGCAGCAGCGCACGCGUCCGCCUCCGACUACCAGGACGGAGGACUGGGGGAGGGCCCGUCCCCGCCCUUAAACCCCCGGGAAACGCCCACCGGGCAGCCGCAGCCGUCUCGCCAGCAGCCUGGCGACGGGCUGGCCGCUCACCGGCGCCGCAAGACCCCCCCGCGGCCCCCACCUGGGCCCCCGCCGGAAGCCCGCUCCACCCCUCCCCCGCUGCCGGCCGGCCUCCCCCCCACCGCCUCCUUCGUGAGCCGGCCGUCGUCGACCCCGGCCGCCCCGGUGCCGCAGUUCCUGGUCGACGCGCUCGUGCAGCAGCUGCCGCCCCUCGUGCUCCACUUCCUGCAUCAAAUCCCGCCACUGCACGGGCCGGCCCCUGACGUGGACAUGGUGAUUGCCGCGCUUCUCAGCACCGACUUCUCCUCGCCCCCCGAGGGCCCGCCUCGCCAGCCCGGAGAGGCAGAGGCCCCGCCGCAGCCGGCCGGGGUGUCGUCGCCAGGGCAGAAACGGAAACAGCCGGAUCUAGGCUCCGCCCUUGAAGACUCCACCAACAAUCAAAGCCGCCCUCCACCAAGAGACGUGUUCCGGCUCCGCCAAUUGCAACGUGCAAAAGCAGCCAGCAGUAUACCCGGGGGUACUAGCAGUGCAGGGACAAUGAGCACCGGAUCGCGCUCUGGUUCACAUUGACGCUCCAUAUCAACUCUCACAACGUGACACUCCCAUCACAGCCAGGCAUGUUGAGCUUCGAAGCAACCAAUUGCCUCACAAAGGCUCAUUAGUUUGGGUAUCGCAAUCGACAUAAAGUGGUCGUUGCAUACUGCUAAUUGCGGACAAGUGCUCGUGAGUUCUGAGUGGCGGGAAUGGGAGGCUGGCCCCGUCAAAAUGGGGCACGAAGUGAUUGAAUCAUGCCGUCCUCAAUCACACCCGUUCAACGGUGUUAGUACUAUCAGCUUGUCAUUUCGAUCAUUAAAAGUGAACCUCGUAUAGCUGUCAGAGCCACAUAUGGUC